GUAGAUACACACUUAUACCAUCGAGGAGCUUCCCUCCCACGCAGUCAGAUGACAUACACACUCACACACACUCCAGGUAUCUGAAACAUGCCUCUCGGGCACAGAAAGCUCUCUCUUCCGCACCCACCACAACAUUUACAUACACACACGCACACACACAUACAAACAUACAGACAUACACCCAGGCACCCCAAAGGCAGGCACCCUAGUAGACUUGCAGGCUGCAUGCGUCCCGAAGGAUCUCUAUCCCACAUUUCCAAGCCUCCCUACCCAUCACGCCUCCGCGCGCCUCACCAAGGCUCAGCCCCAUACACGUGCAUCUCUCUACCGCAGCUCUCUGUCACACGAAGGAACAGCCAGAAGUCAAGUCAGCUGUCUGGCUGUGUGAGAUUAUUCUCCUCCUUGUAGAUCCUGGCUGCCUCGGCGGGCGCCAUGUUGGGCUUCACAAUGUCAGCACCCAUCAGACCAGACGACUGGAACACCUGCACAACAAGCAACCAACCAGCAAGCACCGCACUGCAGUGACAGGCAAUUGGGUCAACGCACCCUCUCCCUCCCUCCCUCCCUCCCUCCCUGUCUGUCUUGUUCUGCUCACCACGACAAACUCCUUGUGCGGGUCGUAGCUGUCCAGCCGCCUCCUAACUUGAGCCAAAUGGCUCUCCUCCUCCCGGCUGCCGGCCUUCUUCGAGAACUUCUCAGCCGGCGCGUACAUGGUCGGCGCCACAUCCAUCUUGGUGGCCUUUGUCGCUGUGGCCGCUCCGUCCCCUCCCUCUCCCUCUCCCUCCUGCUUGAGCUCAUGAUAGACCAUCACGGCGCCCCUGCCCAUCUUCUCAUAGCCCAUCCACGCCUGUGCGCACCACGAGAAGCCGCUGGCCCUGACGUUUUCCUGAUAGCUCUUCUCCCACAGCUGCUGUUGCUCCAUUGGCGUCAGUUGAGAGCCGCCGUAGCUGAACUGGAACCGAGGCCUCCGCUCUGUUUUCGGCCCAAAGCCCUCACCGGCGGCGCGCAAUGAUGAUCCGUGGCGGCUGAAGCGCCUCCUUGGUGAGAGAUCAGCGACUGGGAUGAAUGCCCCUGCGGAAUGCCAGCCACAGGAGAUCUCUCGGCGCCGUUCCGAUGGAGAUGAACUGAAGGCGUCAGCAAGGCAUGCCGAGAGAAGCGCCAGCAGCAGCGCCAUAACCGAGAUGACCGCGUUCAUUUGGUCCUCACUUCUGAGCUCGCAGAUUGCGAGCUGGGGGGUGCUCUCUGUGCAUGUGGAGCGUGCGUGGGUGAUUCCUGUUGCGUGUCGUCGUUUGACUGUGCGUGAAAGACA